AUUAUAAAGGAUGUCAUUUACACACAAAGUAAUUUGACAGGCUGCUUAGAGGACUCGGAGAAGAAACACAUUUCAUCUAAUGAUGUACAGUGGUUCUCAGAAGAGUGGACAACCCUUUUAAUAUUCAGAGGUUUUGUGAUGAAACUACAAUUUAAAAUCUUUAUCAACACAUAAUGUGACAUUUACCCUCUACAAUUCAACUGAAAAACUAACAACUGUUUAAAAAUCAUAAAAAACUGAAAUAACCCUGUUGCAUACAUGUGCUUAAAACUUUGUUGAAGCUCUGCUUGAUAUCAUUUCAGUAUUCAGUCUGCUUUGGUAGGAGUAUCAGCAUGUCACAUGUUGAUUUGGUGAGAUUUACCACUCUACCCUGUCUCUUUUAAGAAGUGUGGUGUAGUAUGUUUUGAGUUCUUGUUCCAUCUCCUACUUCUCUGUGGACUUGGGUGCCCUCUGAGUCUGUAGCUGCUCCUUGGGCUCUUUUUUUCCAGGGGACAGGGGUCAACAAAAGUCCCCUUAGUUAUCUUUACCACAGGUGGUACAACCAAGUAUCCUGACACUUCCAGCUAACACAUGGCCCGCCCCUCUGAGCGUUUCCUCCGCCUUCCCUGGUUUAACAGAAAAGCGAGCAUCGCUCACUCAGCAGCUGGAAGAUGGCGGCGAGAGGAGAACCGAGUCGCCCCAGUUGGCCGUGAUCGGUAAAGUAAACGAACUGCGUGUUUUGUGGGGUCCAUGAAGACAGCAGAUUGUGUUCCAGACCAGAAUCAGGCGCGUAGAGAUAAAACGUGACUGAGGAUAUCAACAUGAGCCGUCACGCAGCAAGUAGGCUACGACAGACAGGCAUUCAGAAGCCGGUGCAGGAGUGUGACCCAUCUCCCCCGCUGCCCUCAGACCAUGUGCUCGGUUCCGGAGCUGUGUUGUUCCCUGGUGUGUUCGACCAGCAUGGCUGCCCUCUGGUAAUAUUCCCAGUGGAUGGUCAGGACAAGCUUUUGAAACUCAGCAAAGCAGAAGUUGUGGACUUCAUAAAUUACUUUCAUGCCCUGCUCAAUAAGAAACAGGAAAAGCAGAGUUUAGUGUCAGUGGUUGCUGAUCUGAGGCUUGCAUCAGUAUCAACAACCAGGUUCAUCACGGAGACUCUGCUUCUCCUCGAGGAGCACAAGCGAACAGUCCACAGUGUUUACGUGAUUCGGCCCAAGAAGAAGAAUGUUGUAAAGCUGUUCCUAAAACUCCUGGUUCCAUCAAUGUCCUGCACUUCAUCUUUCAGGAAUAUCCUCCUGAAGGAAAUCCCAGAACUAUCAAACUACAUUGACCGGAGCCAGCUACAGUCCUCCUUGGGGGGUUAUUUUCUUUACUGCCACAGAAGCUGGGUUAGCUUCAUUAAGGAAAUUGAUGCCUUCGUUCAGGAGUUCCUGUCUGUGGUACAGCGUUUGCCUUCCUGCAUCUCCAGGCUGCAGGCUCUGUCCAGGCUGCCGCUGCCAUCCAACUUCAAUGAGCUUCAACACUUCUGCAGCACAAAUGAAGCAAAGUUCCUGCAGCUUAGGAGGGAGCUGGGGUUGGAUGAGCUGUUGAAACACUGUGAGACUGUGUGUGAGAAGCUGCGUCAUCCUGACGGAGAUCCAUGCUACCAAGCAAUGGCAGGCACCCCCUUCUUCACUCACACUGCCUUUGACAUGCUGCAGAACCACACCAGAAUAACUGCAGUGGUGGAAAAAGUGGAGUUGCUGUGGCAGCAGGCCUUUUCUAAAGCCCAUCUGCAGCUUACAGUGCUCCAGCUGCACAAUAGUGCAAUGCAGGUUAUUGUGAAGAUGGAAACUCUUCAAGAGAAGCUUCAGCUUUACAGAAUGGAGAUUGCAAAGGAUUCUGCAACAGCAGCAAUGCUGCUGUCUGAAUUUGAGGCAACUAUUUACACCCCCGCUAUGGCUCUUGUUCGCCGUGCUGAAAAUGUGAUCCACACAUUAGAAGAUAUUUUGCCUGGAGAAGUCCAAACCAAGGAGUGCUUGGUUCUGAAUCUGGAGAGGCUAAAGGACAAUCUUCAUUCUGCUGCACAUGUCAUUAUCCAAACCCUCAGAGCAGUUUCCAACUACCAUCACUACUACAACAAGGCCAACAGUUGGUACAGACUGGUCCUCAGUGACAAUUUCCUCCCAGAGCUCCUUUCAGGAGUUCAUGGAGAACAACUCACCACUAGGCAGCAGAACAAUUAUUCGAGGGUGAUUCCUGCAUUGAGACAAAGGCUCUCCAACUUCUUGAAGAAAAAUCCUUCACCAGACAUGGAGGAGUUGCUUCAUCUGUCCCAUCUGUCCAGUGCCAUCCCAGAACAUGAAGUGCAACAGGAGGGCAGACGCCUUUCUCAGAGGUGCAUGAUCCUUAGGAAUCUCCUAAUAUCUUCUGGACCAGUGUCUGUGGAGCAGCUUCAGCUUGCCCUCCAGUGGCAGUAUGAGUUGUUGCGUACCAGCCAUUUCGAUCUGAACUCUGAAAGCAUUGAAGACAAUAGGUUGUCUGAUUUUAAAUGGAACCCUUCCCAGCUGAACCACACAGCACAUGAAAGCAGACGAGAAGCAGGGAAUUAUGCUGCAACCUUGCUCUCACCUUCAGCUUAUGGGCUGGUCUCAGCUGAUUGGAAACACCCCUCUGUCAGCUCAUUUCACUCUGGUUAUGGUGGUGUGGGGAGCACUCAGCUGGAGUCUUCAGGAAGAAAACAUAAUGUGGAGAAUUUACCAAAAUUAAUGGGGAACUCUGAACUUAUGAGAGCUGCUCCAGGGCAGGCCAACAUUCACGAGGAGAGCAUCUCCAGCAUUUCUGAUAGUGAGCACAACCCAAAGGAGUUUGGCUCAGGCGCUGCGGCAAACUUCUCCAGAGCAAGCAUCCAGAUUAUCCCUGAAGUAGAAGCAAAAUCCUUGAAAUCUGAGAUCAAGGUAAAGCGCACAGCAGCACCGCCUACAAAUCCCUGGCUUAGCCUGCCAGUCGAUGAUUUAAAAAAUUCAUACACUGUCACCAUUAACCCAAAGCCAACUCCCCAAAAGAAAGAGGCCUCAUGGAAGCAGGGCUCCAUUACUGCUGACCAGGAAAGUAGGUCUUCAGAACAGCUCACACAGAUGAAGGCUUUGAGCUGCACAGAGCCUAGAGAACCACAAAGCAUAGACUGGAUUCUGCAUACUCCCAGUGGUUUGGAUGAUCCUGAAAUGAGCCCUAUUUGCAACAUUCUCUCCAGCACAAUUACUGAUGGGAGAGACAAGUCCAUCUGUGGCACAGAGGAGGUUCCUACUCUUCUCUGGGAUUCCUAUGACCUACAUGAUGAAAAGCCAGAAGCCGACGGUAUGAUGGAUAUGUCAUUGAUUGAUUGGGAGGUGAAAGAGCAACAAAAUCUAAGAGAGGUGGAGAGAAUAUUAAAAAAGGCUGAUGGGAUACUGGAGGAGGAAGAGGAUGUUUUGGCUCAAGAAGCUGUGCUGGAUGCUCUGCUAAGAGCCGGAAACAAAAACCAUCUGUGGCCUGUGUGGCACAGCAAAGAACGGCUAGAUGAGGCAUCCAUUGAGCUGUCUGAAGUUGGUGUUCUUAGCUUUGAGGACUGCCUGCAGCCUGGCGGAUCUAACCGGCCUAAUAAAGUUUUAUCGACUCAGUCUAUGAGAAAAGGUGAAGCUUGUUCAGAUGAUGAUGAUGAUUUCUGCUCUGAAGCUCAUAACACUGAAAGACAGUUCAAUAGCUGGCUGGACCUGCUGAAUGAGAUGAGGAAUAUUCAUGUCUUUGAUGAACUGAUCAUAGAAGAGAACCUCAAAAUCCAUGACCUGAGACGAUGCAAAGGAGGCUCAACCAAACAGCCCUCAGAGAGCACACCUUGUACCUCACAACAUUCAUCAGUUACAAACCCAGAAAGUGAAGUGUUCUGGUUACAACUGGAAAGGGAGAAAAGAGAAGUGGAGGAGCUAGAGAAGAGUUUGGAUGAAGAACCUGAACGUCUAGUCAAGGCUCGAGAGUCCAAGAAGUAUUUUGUAACGGAGCAGUGGGAAACGGACAGCGGAGAAGAUGCAGAGCCCACUGAGCUUCUGUCAGAAGGUUCAGAAAGUGGAUGCAAUGCUGCAAUGCAGGCUCAGGCAAAGGAUGUUAUUAAAGAGAAACCAUCACUGUAUCAGGGUCAUAAUGUUAGUGACUCUGAUAGUGAAGUGUCCUUAUGUGACACUAGUAGAAUUUCUAGUUUUUGUGAUUUGAAGGAGUCAUCUGAGGCUGUCCAACCUCAAAUUGUCUGCAGGGAAGAACUGAAUGAAAGUACUCUAUGCAGUGCAAAAAACAAAUUAACCUCUGAAAUGCUGCAGCAUGAAGGAGAGUUUUGUCCAAGAGGAAAAUCAAUCCCUCUUCCUCUAUCUGAGCCAGAAACUGGUUCACUUCCUGUGAACAGUCCCCCGGCUGAACAUGAAACCCCUCGAACCUCUAAGACAUGUGAAUCAGCUCCAUCCUUACUUGCUCAAGAUCCUGACUAUGCACUACUUGAUUUAACGGCUAAGGACUUUGGUGUUUUAUCUAAAAGUGUGACAAUAAAUGGCAGGAAGAAUUGUCUCAGUCCAAAUGUUAAAGAACAGAUUAAUAACAACAAUAAUAACCUUUUAGUCAAUGGAAAUUGUGACGAGAAUGUUUCUGAAAUGACUAAUAUAUAUAAAGAGGAUCCCUCCUUGGUGCCUGCUGGCUUUCUACAGACAGAAGCGCAGCAAACGAAGACAGAUCUACAAUCGGUGCUUCAAAUGGGUCCCAAUCAGCUGCAGGAGUUUGACCCAGGUGGAAAAGAAGAGCUGAAUAAAAACUUUCCUGAUGGGGUUCAGAGCUCUGACUCUGUGAGAACAUCAGACAGUGUGGCAUAUCGGAUGCAGACACAGUUUUGGGAGGACAACAUUAUAGAGAUUGCAGAUUUUAAGACCCCUGUAGUAUUGGAUAUAGGAUCUGGUUUGAUGAAAGCAGGAUUUGCAAAUCAAGACAUGCCAAACAUUAUGUUCCCAACAAUAACAGGGGUGCCAAAAUAUGAGGAAAUAAUGAAUGGGUCCCUGGAGAGGGAGAUCUACAUAGGUCAUGAUGCUCAGCACAUGAGGGGGGUUCUGACUUUGAAUCACCCCGUAAGGAAUGGAAUCAUUUGCAACUGGGACGACAUGGAAAAAAUCUGGCACCACACGUUCCAGCAGAUGUCGGUGGAUCCUCAAGACCACCCUGUUCUGUUGACUGAAGCAGCCAUGAACCCCCUGGAAAACAGUCAGCGCAUGGUGGAGAUCAUGUUUGAACAUUUUGGUGUUCCGUUUGCCUACGUAGCCACGCAGGCAGUGCUUGCGCUAUAUGCAGCAGGGAGAACCACUGGUGUGGUGUUUGACUCUGGAGAAGGAGUGAGUCACAGUGUGCCUGUCUUUGAGGGCUACACUCUACUUCAUGCAGUUCAGCGCUUCCCUUUGGCUGGGUUGGAUGUUACAUUGCAGCUUAAAAAGCUUCUGCAGGAACAGGGUGUCUGCAUGCGCACAACGGCCGAAGAUGAGAUUGUGAGGGAGAUGAAGGAGAAGUGCUGCUGUGUUGCAUUAAAUUAUGAAGCAGAACUGAACCCAGAGAUGUCAUUCUGCAGAGAAAUGCAUUAUACCAUGCCAGAUGGCCAGAUCAUUACCGUUGGCUCAGAAAGAUUCAGGGCACCUGAGAUUCUGUUUAAACCUGAGAUGAUUGGACGAGAUCAUUAUGGAAUGCAUGAGAGCGUCUUCACAUCAAUCAUCAGGUCAGACAUUGACCUGCGGUGCUGUUUCCUGGGCAACAUUGUUCUUUCAGGUGGGAAUACUCUGCUGCCAGGCUUGCCUGAACGACUUCAAGCUGAAGUUAAGAACCUGGUGUCGGCAGACAUGGGGGUGACGGUUUGUGUCACUAGCCCCAAAGACAGAGACUUCUUGGUGUGGAGUGGAGGAUCAAUUCUGGCCAGCCUGCCCACCUUCAGCUCUGCAUGGAUCAGCCAGAGCGAGUAUGAAGAGUAUGGGCCGCAGAUUGUUUUCAGGAAGUGUUUUUGAGAUUACCUGAAUAUUGCACUUUAUAAAUAACUUCAGUGCUAAUGGAAAACUAUGAACUGCUCUAAGCCAUUAGGAGCCUUUUUUUAUGUAUAUGUCUUUAAUGUGUCUGUCAGUUUGACUCUGGGCAUCAGCGAGCAUUCAGACCUAUAACUCUGUACUUGAUGCCAGCUCGUAUGUGUGUCUGUGGGUGUGUUUUUCUGAGCUGCUGUGUGCUUUAAGCCCUGAGACAUGAAUAUAGUUUUUUUCCAUGAUGGUCUUGAGUGAAAUUGUUUUAAAUGUUGUCCGUCUUACUUUGUCCAAUUGCAUCCGAAGAAUGUAGGUUAAUUUGUGUAUGUUUGGGGUUGAGGAAGUGGAAUAGAAGCUGGUUUUAGACUGUUUCUCAAAGCUCUUAUUGACAAGGAACCACUCAGUAUUCUGACUCCAAACAGUUUGUGUAGUAAAACGUUUAAACCCAAUGAACUAUUUUGUGUGUAAGACUGGGUGAAAAUUGGAAACUUUGGUAGGUACAGCUGUUCUCUGAUUCAGCUCGCAGGCUUUUCAUGAAAUUUUACAACUUUCCUGUAAAAUGUGGUAAAAUGCUGUCAUUUGUACUUAUUUCUGGCAGCUUCUCUGAUGCUCCUCCCACACGUUCCAGAUGAAAACUGGAGCUCCCCAUUAGUGGCUUGUUGUAAAUUAGAGAAACAAAAAUGGGUGCAAAUGUCUGACUGGUAAUACUGAAUAAUUAAAUUAUACAAAAUGCUGCUGCACGGAUAUUUUAUCAUUCAAAGCCCAAGUGUUUUUCUGUCUUUUUUUUAAGCUGUGUAUUGAUACUAAAUCCUUUGAUUUGUUUUGGUUUUUUUUUGAGGGAGAGGGUUUUUGUUUUUUUCUUACACUGUCCAUGAAAUAAUUUUGACCAUAUGUCAUUUUGCAUGAGUCACUGCAUGUUUAAGUGUUUUGUUGUCUUCAGAGGUUUGUCUUUUCCAUGUCAUCUAAAGUUGAAUGUACGGAACUCGGUCUCAGACAUUACUGAUGGGAGAACACUGUGAGACGUUUUAAAGGAAAGUGAUAAACUGUCUAGUCUGUUGAUAAUUACAUUCUCAUUUGUGUACUGUAACAAACUGAACUAAGUUGAGCAAUUCUUCACCCCAGUCAUGUUUGUCUCAUCACUUUUUUAAUAAAUACUUUAAUCAUA